AUGAAAGGUUAUAAGAUCACUAAUUGUGCACAAGAUAUGAGAUUUGGUAUUGUCGGCAAAUCAUUAAAAGAUGUUUUUACUAAAGGAUGUCAGAAAUUAAAGUUAGACCAUAUAAAUGUGACUAUGAUGACUGUUGAUGGUACAGUGAUUGAUGAUGAAGACUAUUUUCAACAAUUACCAGCACAGACUUUAUUUAUAUUUCGGUUAAAUGGGGAAACAUUUGAAACAGGGGCUGAUUUAAUAUAUAAUGUGCUUGCUGCUGUUAAUAAUAAUACAUUAAAAACUUCAAUUAAAAUAAAAUCAUUUAUGGAUGAAAACAUUAAAGAAAAAAUAAGAAUAUUAUCUUCAGUUCUGGAUGUAGAUGAUGAUGGUAAAAAAAAAAAAAUCAGCAGUCUAAGAUUAAGAGACCCAGAUUGGUUUCAAGGUUUGGAAACUAGGGCAAGAACGAAAGAAGAAUUCAUGUUCAAACGCUGUCAAGAACGAAUUCGAAGUUAUAUGUACAAAACAAAAUCGGAUAUGAUUAAGUCAGAUUUUUAUAUAAAACAUACAAAGUGCAGGAAGUACUUGGAUGAAGUAUUUAAACAAUUCAGUGAACUUUUAACAAAAAACAAACAUCAUGGAUAUUAUUUUGAUAGAUCAAAUACAAAUGGUUUGUGCGACGAGAUUGGAACUUUUAAAUGCGAGGGAGCAUGGAAUCAAUCUAUUUGUUCUUAUGAACGCGGAACUGGUCACAAAAUCAAUCCAUACCAAAGCAGGGAGAGUAGAAUUAUAUUUUCUACUUGGAACUUAGACCAUUGGGUGGAGAGAUCUCGAACUGUAAUACCAGCAUUGUUUGAGGCCAGUAAAAUGGCGUCUGAGGUUCACCGUUCAAUAAAUAUGAAGUAUUUCUAUGAAUUGCUCUUCACAACAGUUAAUCUUAAACUCGUACAUAUUGUAUGUCAUGACAAAGGUCAACAUAUCAGUGCUAAAUGUGAUCCAAACUUGUAUUUACAAUAUAAAAAGGUAUAG